CCGCCUUAUUUGCAGUUUAAAGGCACAUUGUAUGCCAAAAUCCAUGGCAUUCGAAUGUAUCAAAACAAACAAAAAAAGUAGCCAACUGCUGGAAGAAGAAAGCCAAUGUCUUCGCCGGUCAGCACUGCCACACGGGGCGUUCGAGUGAGCGAUAGGGAGCCGAGCGAGCGAACGAGCGAACGAGCGGGCUGGAAGGCAGAUAGAAAUUGGAGCGCACCCCGAGAGUCGAGUCCAGGCCACGAUCGAUCGACAUGCGAGGCGGGCAGCAGUGCCACAGCAAAGCUACUAGCAGUCGGACGUAAACAUGAAACCCAUUGGGUGCAAGAGCAUUCCGGUCAUCUUCCUGGUGAUCCUCGGCCUGGUCAGCCUGGCCAGCCUGGCCAGUUCGCUGCCCAUGACUCCCGAACAGGAGCUGAAAGAUGUCGACGAGCCGUUGGGUCAGCAACGUCAGCAUAAGCAGCAGCAGGUGCAUCAGCGCAUGGUGAAGAGCGAAGCGGUGCCAGAGUCGGAGUUCGUCGGUAGAAUUGCGCCACGCGAUGAGCAGAAUCCGGAGGAUGAAUACGAUGCCGUCACAUUGGUGGAGGAGCUGGAGGCCGCCGGAGUGAAGCUGGCCGAUCGACGUGAUCUGCGCAAGCUAACCUACACGGAGCUGGCCCGCCUACUGGCCCUCUGGCAUCUGUCCCAGAAUCGCAACGUUUACAAUGCCAAAGGACCGGAGGAGCAGCCCAAUCAGGCCAUCGAUGAGCGUUAAUUUAGUUGCUUAAUGAGUAAGCUCGUUUAUUUAAAGCCAAAGUUCGCUUAAUAUAUAUGUAUUUUGUGUGACAAGAGAAAAAGGCUAGUAGUACGCUCCUCGGAGAAGCAAGUGGGAUGACCCAUGCAGAUAUACAUACUAUGGCAACUAUAUGAUAUUCUCCGACCUGACUUUCGUUAGAACAUUAUCAGGAACAUUGUAGCUCCAGCAGCAAUUCUUUCAAAUGAUAGUGUGCCUCAUUUUUAGACUCGUAUAGAAAUGCAAAUAAACUAAACCGUAUUAUUGUA